GGUCUUAAUUCUAUGCUCAUGUUAUUUAAUUGUAAAUCUCUGAUCAUUGUGUUCAGUCUGCUCUGUGCUCGUUGAGUCUGGUCUUAAUUCUAUGCUCAUGUUAUUUAAUUGUAAAUCUCUGAUCGUUGUGUUCAGUCUGCUCUGUGCUCGUUGAGUCUGGUCUUAAUUCUGUGCUCAUGUUAUUUAAUUGUAAAUCUCUGAUCAUUGUGUUCAGUCUGCUCUGUGCUCGUUGAGUCUGGUCUUAAUUCUAUGCUCAUGUUAUUUAAUUGUAAAUCUCUGAUCGUUGUGUUCAGUCUGCUCUGUGCUCGUUGUGUCUGGUCUUAAGUCUUUGCUCAUGUUGAGUGGUUUGAAAUCUGUGAUCGUUGUGUCUGGCCUGUAGGGGACAUGUACACAGCAGAGGAGGAGUCGGAGGAUCCGGAGUGGGUGGAGUCAGAGCGUCAGCAGUUUAUGGAGUUCAGAGACAAAAACAAAGACGGGAAAAUGGACAAAGAGGAAACUCUGGACUGGAUCCUCCCGUCAGAUUAUGACCACGCUGAAGCCGAGGCCAAACACCUGCUGCACGAGUCAGACGCCAACAAGGACGGGAAACUCAGCAAACAGGAAAUCCUGAAUAAAUUCGACGUGUUUGUCGGGAGUCAGGUGACGGACUUCGGCGAGGCGUUGCUACGACACGACGAGUUCUAGAGACGCAGAAGAAAAUCUGUUUUUUGUUUUUUUUCCUUUUUUAAAGUUAUUUAUUCAGACACACUUAUCUUGAAUUUAACACAUUUGGAGUUUUGUUAUUUACUCAGAUUUACUCUGAAGUUUUUUUUUUAACCCUUUGACUUCCACACUAAGAAAUCCAUUCGCAAAAGAUUGUUUGUUGGUAAAGUUGUGUUCCUGCCUCUUCAUUAAGCAACAUUUCAGGUUAUAUUUUUCAGAUUACCCAAUCAGGAAGCAGAUAUGCAGGUCAACCAGCUGGUUGCCUGUUUAGGGUUACUUUGGAUAUGAAUGGAUUUCUUUCAUUUCUGCAACAAAAUGUUUAGUUUUUUCAAAUUUAACAUCACAGAGAGUUUUAACUUGUUAAAAUAAAAUAUAAUUAAUUUAACAAAUUGAAUGAGUAGCAAUGGUUAGAAAAGGUGAACAAAAUAAGACAUGAGUGAUGUGAGCCAGGCCGUUUGUGCAGACCAUGUUUUGUGAGGAAUCGUAGAUAUAUAUUUUAUUGUCAAAUUUAUUUCCUUCAACUAAAAUAUGAUUGUUAGAGUAUCUAUAAAUGAUACGUGACCCGGACGUUUGCUCUUAUUCUGUGAGAUUUCUGAGGAGCUGAAUCACUCCCGGUAUUUUCCACAGUUUUAAGACAAUGAUAAUUAUGUACAGCAGCGCCACCCAUUGGACAUAAUCUGUGUUACAUACACUAUUCAAUGAGGUGAACGAGGAUAAACAGCCAAAGAUAGGUUUUCAGAGUUUUAAAUACAGCAAUAUGGCAGCGGAAAAUAGGUCAACCGCGUGGUUACAAUGCAAGUCAAAGGGUUAAUCGAGUUUCAUCUUUACAUUUCAGUUAUUUGGACUUUGAUAUUUGCUGUGUUUUGUAAACGCUACGUCGAUGAUUUCACUUUACCUCUUUGUACCUCUCAGUUUUUAGCAGUGAGCCUUCAGUGUUCAUUUGUGUUUAUAACGCCACCUGUGGUUUCACUAAACUUCAUGAGACUUUGUUUUAAAUAUCUGAAAGUUCUGUAAAAUAUUUUGAUAUCAAAGUAUAAAUAAUGACACUAAAGCCUGGUGUACGCUGUACGGUGGUAGGAAAGUCUCUCACUGUACGACCCGAUUGUGGGACCUGAGAGCUCGCACUGUGUGAGUAAAGUCGAGACGGAGCAGUCACAAUUUUAGAAAAAAGAAAACUCCCCCAGUCGGAGGUUGAUUUCAGUUGUCUUGGCUACACACACCAGCAAAAAAAAAAACGUGUGCUUGUUAGUGCAUUAGCAAUAAACACAAGCUAACUAGCCACUAAAUCAUCAUACUUCCUGUCAACUGGAGGUCCGCAGAUAUUUGUGCCUUCUGUUGCCAUGAUGAUUUCAGGCGCUGUCUGCAAAGUUAGAGGAGGGGGGAAAAUCCGAGUCUAGGAAUCCGCUCGUGGCUCUGCUCAGAAAGUGCGAUUGUGAGCAGGCGUAUUUUCAAAAUAUCAAACAUGUAGGAAAUUCACUGAUCAGGAGAGCUGUGCGAGUGGUGAUUGGCGUCGUGCCUCAGUGUACACUACACGACUGACGGCGGGCGAUUGAGCUGAAAUCCGUACAGUGUACGCCGGGCUUGACCUUUCUGUUGUUAAAUAAAAAAAUACAGUUAUAAUUC